AUGGCUGAGCAAACGCCCAUCGUGCUGGAGCUCCCGUCAAAAUACACGUCCAAACACCCGCGCGCGUCAAGCCAGUCUCCCGCUCCGGACGUCGAAUGGCUCGCGGCAACGUGGACCGUCACCCACUCUACGCUUCACAUGUGGCGGUCUUCUCGCAACGUCCGCAUCACUUACACGCCUCUCCCUUCCCGGCACGAUGGCAGACGGCGCAUCGACGACCUGGUCGAGUACGAACCCACCAAGUCGUCGGGUGUUCUCAAGACGGUCGCCGGAGUCGACACCCAGUCCGCGGGCCGAGGGUGGGAUUGGAGGGGCAAAGGCUGGCUGUUCUUCGUGUCGAGUCAUUGGGAGGUGCUCGGCUGGGGAGAGGUCACGAGUGCCGAGGGGAAGAAGGAGAGGUGGGCGGUGACUUGGUUUGCUCCGACAGUGUUUACGAAGGAAGGCUUGGACGUGUAUUGCGAUUCUGAAGAGGGCCUCAGCGAGGAGACUUAUUUGAGGAUCCAGGGCGCGUUGAAGAAGAUGGACGCCAAGGAGAUUGUGGACAUGGUUGACAAGAAUAUGAGGGCCGUUGAGAUCAAGUUGCCGCGGGUGGAAAAGUGA